UCAGUGUCAGAUGAAUGUAAACAAACAAAACGUGUGACAUAUGCUUUGCUCGAUCAGUGUGAUUUGCAAAAUUCCAAGGCUAUCGUUAUUUCGAAGACAUUUUGUAAUAUGAUUUCCGUAUUGAAUGAUUAAAGUCAAAGGUCAAUCUGCAGGUCAUCUCAACGAAACGUCUCGUUCAUUGAAAACUUGUUAACAAGUAAUGACAGUAACAUUCUCAGCAAGAAUUCCCUGAGGAUGCCAUCGCAAGAAACAAGUUGUUAAUAAUCCGAUUGGCUAGAGUUUUCCGAGUUCUAUUUUUGAUUGGUUUGAAAGUGGAAGAUAAAUAUUCCUUGCGUACGCCAGUCAUGCGACAUUACGAACAUGGUGGUGUGAAUUAUUUUGUUUUGAUUGUGAUGGAACUUGUUUUCGAGAGAAUUUUUUGGUGAUUCCACUCGGAUUCGAUAAGGCGAAUACUCGGAUUUUAUUGUAAUCGGUCGGGUGAUAAUAUUGUGUGUUGUUUUGGUUACUGACAUAAUCUGUAGCAAUUUUCAUUGAUGUUGAGUCAUUCUGGACUAUUCGAUUUAGAAUAUUUUGAGUGAUUAUUGUUAUUACAGCUUAUCAUCCCCACGAUGACAGACUUCAGUGGAGAUUUCUUCCUGGAUCCUGGAAUCAUAAUCAAGCAAGAGCCUGUCAACGCUGAUAUUAUCAUGACCACCUCAGCGAGCGUACCUAUACCCUUACCCAAGAGGCCCCAAAUGGAAAUGAACGACUAUCACAGAGAUUAUAGUUUCGAAUUUGAAAAUUCCCAAUCGCCCCUAAAUCAGGAUAUAUGCUACAUCGGACAGUUUCAAACCCAGGACCUCGAGAACAUGGACAUUUGGGGUAGCCGAAGCAUGAAUUCUAAUCUACUGAAGUCCGAGGCUUUGAUCCAUAUGGAUGACGAUGAUAUUUUUCAAGUCGAUAAAGCUGAUCUCAUUCAAGGUCCAACACUGGCCGAACUGAAUGCCAACGAUGAGACCUUGUUGCGGGAGAUCAAUUUCGACGAUCUACUCCUUCCGGAGGAAGGCAGCAGUUUCAUGAACCUCUCAAGUCAGAAAAGUUCCCCGGUGCAACAGAUCCAGCUCAGCAACUCCCACCACUCCAAUAAUAAUCAAACAAUGACGGCCUCCUCUUGCCCCCAAAGCAGCAUGAUGUAUAGGGAUAACGAACUCAGCGUUGUACCUUCAAACAGUUUCGAGAUAUAUCAUUCGAAGAAUCUAAUGUCUGCCGUAUCCCCCACCAGUCAUACAAGUUCGAAUUCGUCAAUACUCCAGUCCUCCCCACACCACACAACCUCCCUCCAACAGAAACACAGCACCCUCCACGAGCUCUUGAUGAAGAGAGAUUCCUACGCAUCGCCGGAUAGGAUGCAAGAUCAAUCUCUUCCAGGUCAUUCAACACCACUUGGUUCUCCAAGUAUCCAAAUGGGCAGGGGACAUAUAUCUCGGCUGUCUUCCUCUGCUCCCACACAUCUCGGUCUGGACCAGAUUUGGCAAAGGAGAGAGCCACGCAAACACUUGAUAUCUACCAGUUCCCUCGUGGAGGCUGGCUCAACAUCUUCGCUCUCUACCGGAGGAAUUUUGAGUCCCGAAUCGCAGGAUUUCUCGCACGAUGAGGGAGAUACUGACUCUGAAAGUGAUGCUCACUAUGAGGAUUUCAGUUCAGACAAUGGAGACUCGGAUGACGACUAUGAACAGACGUCAAAAACGUCUCCGAGCAAGAAAGAAAGGUACUUUUGGCAGUACAACGUUCAAUCGAAAGGACCCAAGGGGCAGCGUCUAGUGAUGAAAUGUAAAAUGGAAGAUCCUCAUCAUUUGAACGAAGUAACGGAUCCUGUAUUCAGUCCCGAUUGUUCGGUUAAGGGGAUCAAACACAGUGGAAAAGCACGAAAAGGAGACGGCAACGAUUUGACGCCGAAUCCGAGGAAACUUCACAGCAUCGGAAAAGAAUUGACCAAAUUGAACAAAAUCAUAAACGACAUGACUCCAGUGAGCGAGUUACCAUUCAACGUGAGGCCGAAUUCAAGGAAGGAAAAGAAUAAGUUGGCGUCCAGGGCGUGCAGACUGAAGAAAAAAGCUCAACACGAGGCGAAUAAGAUAAAACUUCAUGGCCUGGAGACUGAACAUAAGAAACUUAUGAACGGCAUACAACAAGCUAAACAAAUAUUGGUGACAAAGAUCAACGAAACUUCUACGGAAAAACAGGAAGAGUUGACGCAGCAUCUGGAAAAAGUGUCUAGAUUCGUUGCCAAGGUUAGGAUAGCAGGACACACAACAGAAUACGUCAACAAAAUAUUAGAUCAGUUCAAAGGCAGUAGGAUGGCUUGUCUUGAGAACUUAUAGGACGACUGGCCAAAGUAAUCCGAAUCUCCAAUAAGCAUUUUUGGCACUUGAACCACUCGAAGCUUUUUGAUUCUUUUUAUUUAUUUUUUCUAUAGGAGAAUAAUAGUGAUCGAAAGAAAAAAAAGACGAAAUCGAAACAUUGAGGAGGGGAAAAUGUGAUGAUGCAGACGAUUUGUUGGUUCCUACUAGGUUAAGUCGGGAAAUAACGAAACGUUCGAGGUUACAAACGAGAUGCGAUUAAUGCUUGGGUAUGUUAGAUAGCAUAACAAAAACGUUCGUAUUGUUUGUGUUGUAUGAAUGAAUCCGAUUACAACAGUAUUUAGUCUGAUACAAAAUGCUGAAAUAACCAUUACAUUAGUGCACGCUAUGGGGUUUAACUACCGGCUGAUACAAAAGAUAUCUUCGAAAAUAUGAGAUUUCUGCUAUUAUUGAACCCAGUCGAGAAACAAAUGAUACUUUCUAUGUUCAGAAGAUAUCUUUAAAUGGAUUUAUGCAAAAAAGACAACACAUCAUGUUCAGACAUUCUUCGGGUCGAAAUUCUUUAACUCUUUGCUGUUUUCUCAGUGAAUAUGUGAAGAUGAAGCUAAUAACAAGAGAUAAAUAAAGAUAAUUCAGAAAUAUUCAAAAAUUUUCGACUUCUCACAAAGCAAACUGGUUUCAAGAAGGGUAUUUUACUUGGCAUAAUAUUAAAAUUUAUAUUAUUAUCAUUAUGUACUCGUUAAUUUUACAUUAGCAUGUAACUUGAGAACUUUUAAUGCAGUUAAUCAUAUAUAGCAUAUCAUUAUUACUGUUGAUGUUUUACAACGAAUAUGGUUGGGAUCAUCUCUUUAUGUUUGAAAAGACGAGUUAUCAUUAUAAAAAUAAGGUAAUAUUGAUUAUUUCGAAAUACAAAAUUUCGAUUUCCACACCCGAAGAUUUUGAGGUUAGGAUGACCAUUAUCAGAAAAGGUAAGUGGGUCGAGAAGUGGUAUUUUCCUGCUAUUCACCUCUUGUCGAUGUGAUCAGAAUGUUUCUGUGUGUUCAGUUUGUGAUAGAUUCACCUUUGUUUUUGUAAUAAGAAUAGAUGGAGCUCAAGAUACCAGGUUUUUCAAUUAAUAGGUGUUAGAGGAGCUCGAUCUUUAGUAAGUGUUUUGGUGAAACCAAACAUGUUUACAGCUUUAAAAUAUAGUACCGUUGUUGAUGGUGUUCGUGUUUAGUUUUAUUGUUUCCACAUUUUUUACUGGAUUAUAUGUUUUGAUCUUUAUUGUGUAGUUGUUUGGAGGAGCUGAAAAUUUUAGAUUUUCGUUUGGGAGUUGUCGCGGUGUUUCAGGUUUGAAUUAAGUUAGCCAAUUCCUUUUUUGUCCACUUGAAGUUUUUCCUCCUCCGGUAUUUAGUUUUUCGAAGGCUGUGUAUUAGUUUUUAAAAUAGGACAAGUCAGGGCCAAGUAAAAUACUAAUUUUAAGUUGUUACAAAAUCAAUACUUUUAUUAACAGAUCAUAUAUGUGAAGUGUAAAUUGUUUAACUCGCAUCUAAUUAUAUGUUGUUAUACUUACCCCUUAUAUUUUAAUGUUAAAUGGGAGUAAUCGAUAUUAUUAUUACUGUUUUAUAAUUUUUCGAAUACUUUGGAAGGAAGGUUUAUUUCUUAGAAUUCUUUAUUGAUAAUAGUUACUCAUUGUAAAAGUUUGAGCAACAUUUACGCGUUUUACUACAAUAUUUUUCUAAAACACUAGUACUCUCAAUGAGCUGCUGAAGAAGUUUAUCGGAAACCUACACAUUUUGAAGAAAACAAAACUUUUUUGACAGCCUGCAUGGGAGUGACUGAUUCAUUCAAGUUUUUUUUAUGAGAUGAAAAUUUCUUCGACGACCAUACAGCUCUCUUAUUCAUAAAAAAAUUAAAUUUCCGAAGUUACAUAAAAAAAUACAAUUCAAGUAUUAUCUCAAAGAACUUCACCCAAUACCCAUGAUUUUUUAAUUAAGCUGAAAAGUAAUGUGAAGAAUUAUUUGUUUAGGUGUUGUGUCCAAAGUUUAUAUAAUCUAGUUUUUUACGAAUAGAUUUAGAUUCGUCUAAUAUAUGCAUAAUUUUAUGCCAUAUUAUAUUUUAAUACAUAAUAGUUUUUGGAUACUUCACUUUGUGAAUUUUGAUAAAGAUGUAUGGAGGAGAAUCCAAUUUUGAAAUUCUGUUGAUACUGAACUUCGAUGAAAAUGUCAUAUUGCUAGUUAUUUCUUUUGAAUGGCAAAUAAAGUUCUAAAACGUA